AUAUAUGUAAUUAUAGUUUUAGAAAGUCUGCUUACAUCUUAUCAAAACUAGUAGCAGUAUUUAAAUGGCGACAGUGAGUAGUAAUCGUACUACAUUUCUACCACUGCCAAGCGAACAUGCAAGCAGAAAUAGUAAAUGAAAGAAACAGUGUUAACUUUACGAUUAACGGAGUGCGGCAUGAGGUAUCAGGAAGCAUACCAGCUGGCACAUCUCUCAAUGUCUACAUCCGCGAUUAUGCGAAACUCCGCGGCACAAAGGCGAUGUGUCACGAAGGUGGUUGCGGCGCUUGCAUUGUAGCUGCAAAAAUCAAGGGCGAAACAAUGGCCGUGAAUUCCUGUCUUGUACCGAUACUCAUCUGUGAUGGAUGGGCUAUUACCACGAUCGAGGGUUUAGGUAACAGGCGAGAUGGUUACCACGCGAUUCAAGCUGCGCUUGCCGACAAAAAUGGCUCGCAAUGCGGAUACUGCUCUCCUGCAAUGGUCAUGAAUUUAUACAGUCUCGUGCAUGACAAAAAGUUGUCUAUGCAGCAAAUCGAAAAUUCGUUCGGUGGCAACAUCUGUCGAUGUACUGGAUAUCGUCCGAUUUUGGAUGCGUUUAAGGGAUUUGCCAGCGAUGCAUCACCAUCAAUGGUGAAGAAUAUCCUCGACAUUGAGGAAUUGUAUAGGAUCAAAGCCCUCCCGAAAUACGGAAUUCCAUGUACAGGUAGUUGCUGCGAUAAGGAACUUUACGAUGGAAACAUAAUGUUAGACAUAAAGUUAGCAGACGCGGAAUUCUACAAAGUUUAUACGAUCGAUGAUGUAUUCGCGAUAUUUCAACAGAAACCAGAAGCUACGUAUAUAUUAAAUGGAGGAAAUACUGCGCACGGUGUUUAUCGCUCAGGCAAAAAAGAUCUCUACAUUGAUAUAAACGACGUCCCAGACUUACGUAAGAUCCAGAAAACCAGUGAAUCCUUGGUCCUAGGUGGAAAUACAACUCUUAACAUGGCAAUAGAGAUCUUCCAGAAGUACUCAUUCGAAGACAAUUUUCGAUAUUUACGUCAAUUAGCUCAGCACAUAGACUUAAUCGCACACGUGCCCGUGCGUAACGUCGGCAGCAUUGCCGGUAAUCUGAUGAUCAAGCACGCACAUAAUGAAUUUCCAUCCGAUAUGUUCUUGAUAUUAGAGACCGUCGGAACUCAAGUACAUAUCCUCGAGGCACCAGAUAGCAAGCAGAGUUUGACGCUGUUAGAAUUUCUGAAGCUCGAUAUGUUACACAGGAUCAUCUAUAGCGUUGUCUUGCCACCGCUAUCUUACGAGUACGAAUAUAGAUCCUACAAAAUCAUGCCUAGAGCCCAGAACUCGCACGCUCAUGUCAACGCCGGAUUUCUCUUCAAGCUCUCCCCUACAGGCGAGGUGCUAGAGAGGCCCAACAUUAUCUAUGGAGGCAUCAACAAGGAUUUUUUUCACGCGACAAACACGGAGCUAAUGUUGAUAGGAAAAUCAGUCCUAGACAAUCAGGUCCUAAAGUCCGCUUUGAAGGCGUUGCAUGAUGAACUGAAUCCCGACCAUGUGCUACCGGAUUAUUCGCCGGAAUUUCGCAAAGCUCUUGCCGAAGGAUUAUUUUAUAAGUUUGUGUUAAGUAUCAAACCGGAGAAUGUAAAUUCCAGACUUCGUAGCGGAGGUUUCUUGCUAGAACGAGGUCUCUCUUCAGGUUCACAGGACUAUGACACGGAUAAAACGGUGUGGCCAGUGAACAAACCUACAACGAAGUUAGAUGCCAUCAAACAGACAUCGGGCGAAGCUGAGUAUUGCAAUGAUCUGCCUCCAUAUCCUAGAGAAGUGUUUUGUGCUUUCGUUCUCACAGAGAUCGGUAACGGCAAAAUCGUCAGUAUAGAUGCGAGCAAGGCACUUGACAUGAAGGGCGUAGUGGAGUUUUUCAGUGCCGGGGACGUACCGGGGAAGAAUGUAUGUAUUUCGGCAGCUAAUAAGCUAAGAGGCUUGAUAAACGAUGAAUUGUUAUUCGCCGAAGACAACGUCAUGUAUGCGGGCCAGCCCGUCGGCGUGAUCGUCGCAGAGACGCAAAAUUUAGCGAUCGAUGCUGCCAAAUUAGUGAAAAUUAACUACAGCGACAUUCUGGAAAGAAAGCCAGUAAUCAGUAUCGAGGAUGCGCUCGCCGCGCAGGACGACACCAGAUUCUGGAAUAGCAACAACGUUCCGGCAACAAAGAAAGGAGAAAAUACUAAACAAGUGAUAAAGGACGUUUUUCAGUUUGGCAGUCAGUAUCACUACACCAUGGAAACUCAAUCCUGCGUAUGUAUCCCCGUGGAGGAUGGCAUGGACGUCUAUCCGUCGACGCAAUGGAUGGACCUCAUUCAAAUAUCGAUAGCAAACUGUCUCAAUGUUCAAAAUAAUAGUGUCAAUGUCUACGUGAGGCGACUUGGCGGUGCUUACGGAGCAAAAGUGAGUCGCAACGUGCAAAUUUCGUGUGCUUGUGCGCUAGUAUGUUACAAGCUGAAUCGUCCAGCGCGAUUCGUUAUGCCGAUAGAGACCAAUAUGCAAUCGCAGGGCAAGCGGUAUUCUACGCGCCAAGAAUAUGAGAUUGGAGUUGAUGACGAGGGAGUCAUUCAGUAUCUUAACUCGAAACACUGGGGUAACAGCGGCUGUAAUUUCAACGAGCCUAUGUCUAACAUCACAAUUGAAGCCAUGAGGAAUAGCUGCUAUGCAACCGAUAGUUGGAGCUUCAAUGGAUUCGAGGUGUUAACUGACGUACCGUCAAACACAUUCUGUCGAGCGCCUGGAUAUAUGGAAGGAAUAGCCAUGGUUGAAAAUUUAAUGGAGCAUAUUGCGAAAGUGACAAAAAAGGAUCCAGUACAGGUCAGAUUGGCGAACAUGAACGAUAUGGAUAAGACCGCGUUAGAAUCUAUGAUAAACGAUUUGUCGAAAUCGGCCGAUUUUGAGAUGCGGAAACGGAAAAUUGAAAUAUUCAACAAUGAGAAUCGCUGGAAGAAAAAGGGGAUUGCUUUAGUGACGAUGAAAUAUUUUCUCGACUAUUUCGGACAAUAUGACGCUAUGGUGUCCGUUUGCGCCCGCGAUGGUACGGUUUGUGUAACGCACGGUGGGAUAGAGUGCGGCCAAGGUAUAAAUACAAAGGUCGCUCAAGUAGCUGCUUAUACGCUAGGAAUCGAUCUAGAAUUAGUCGUUGUCAAACCAAGCAACAAUUUAAUAACGCCCAACAACAUGGUUACAGCAGCCAGUAUUACUAGCGAUUGCUGCACAUACGCAACGAUCCAAGCCUGCAAAGAGAUUCUGAAAAGACUCGAACCGAUAAGACGAGAAAUGAAUAAUCCGAAUUGGCAGCAGCUCGUUUUCAUGGCGUAUCAAAGGGACGUUGAUUUAUGCGCACGUCAUAUGUAUGCAACCACGCAGGACAACACGAUCAGGUCUUACGGCAUUUACGGCGUCACUAUCGCAGAAGUGGAGAUCGAUGUCUUAACAGGCCAGCAUGUAAUCAGGAGAGUUGAUUUGAUGGAAGAUGCCGGUGUAAGCUUGAAUCCGGAAAUCGAUGUCGGUCAAGUGGAGGGAGCUUUCGUAAUGGGAAUAGGCUAUUGGACUUCUGAGGAUCUGGUGUACGAUCCUAAAACAGGAGUAUUAACAAAUGACAGGACCUGGAAUUAUAAACCGCCAGGCGCGAAGGAUAUUCCAGAAGACUUCCGUGUAUUCUUGCGUAAGAACUCGGUCAACACAUUUGGUGUUCUUCGUUCAAAAGCAACCGGUGAACCACCGCUGUGUAUGAGCUACGCAAUUCCGAUCGCGAUUCGCAAUGCGUUGAACUCCGCUCGGGCAGAGGCAGGGAAUACGGAUGUGUGGUAUCGUUUGGAUGGACCAUGUACCACCGAACGCAUACUUCUAAGCAGUUUAACUAGCAAGGAUAACAUGGUGCUUUGAGAACAAAAGCAGGAAUCAUUCAUAAAUAAAACAGUGUUUAAUAUAAAUUCUUUAAUUAUCUUCUUAAUCAUUAUCUAAUUGUAAUAAAUGUAAAAGUCUUAUAGAAAAGAGAAAAUGUACGUAUUCAUGUUUUGUUGAUGAAAGAAUUUUCAUAAUAACAGUGGAAACAUGAUAAUUUGGCUUAAAAAAAAUUAGCAGGUUUUUCAUAUAUAAUAAUUAAGGCACCAACUUCUUUUUAUGCUAAAUUACUUCAGUAAAUAUUCUCCAUUAGGCAACAAUAACUAAUAUAUUGUAUAAUAAUCAUAACAAUAAUACAUCUAUAAUGUGCACUUAUAAAAUAUAUGGUAAAUAAAAAUUUAAUUAAUAA